CACCCAGCCGGCGCCUCGCAGCUCUGGGACCCGCGUCGGCACCGCAGCCCCGCCAGCCUGCUCCGCGCCCGCCUACGCGCCUGCCCUUGCUGCCGCUGGUGUGCGCCCCUCCACCCCGCGGGCACCAUGCACCUCUCCCAGCUGCUGGCCUGCGCUCUGCUGCUCACGCUACUCUCGCUCUGGCCCUCCGAAGCCAAGCCCGGGGCGCUACCGAAGGGCCCGCGAACUCCGCAAGGAGAGGAGCUGGCCGUGUCCCACGCUGAGGGCGGUGGUCAGAAAAAGCGCGACAAGACUCCCGGAGGCAGUGGCGCCAACCUCAAGGGCGACCAGUCGCGAUUGCUCCGGGACCUACGCGUGGACACCAAGUCUCAGGGGGCGUGGGCCCGCUCCCUGCAGGCGAACCCCCCCGCGCGCAAGAAAAAAGGCUACAAGAAGGGCAAUUCCAAGGGCUGCUUCGGCCUCAAACUGGACCGAAUCGGCUCCACGAGCGGCCUGGGAUGUUAGUGCGGCGACCCCUGGCGGCGGAUUGGGAACCUGCUCCGUUUUGCUGAGGUCACCCUGGGUCAUCUGGAAGCACCUCCAAGGCAAUGUGGCUUUUACAUUUCUUUCUUUCCCCCCCCCGCCCCGGUAUUGGGAAUACACAACACCAGCUGUUUUAUUAUUAUUUAGGGAGGGGGGUAUGAUUUUAUUGUUUGUUUUUUUGAAAAUGAAAAAUAAAAAGUUAUAUAUUAUAUAUAUAUUAUAUACAUGAAACACACACACCUACACCGGCGUGAUGACAAGCGACAGUUUUUAAGAGACUGACAAAACCAGCUGUAAACAUUGCUGUUUGUAAAUUCGUGUCAUGCAUAAAUGUAUUUAUGUUGUAAAGCUAUUUAUAUUGUUUAUAAAGAGAUAUUUAUAAAAAUUUUAUUUAUGUAACUAAAUGAAAGAAGUCAAUCAUUGUAAUGUUUUUGUCUUAACUAGUUGAAAAAUGUAAAAAAAAAAAAGUCAUUCCAUGAACAUCGUGAAAA